AUGGCUAUCUCGAAAAAGGCUGGCGCCAAAAAGGCUGGCGCUGUUUCCAAGCCUCCCCCUUCCAAAGGUGCUUCAUCCAAAGGCGGCGUUGCUAAGGCGGAUUGGAGGGAAGGCUUCAAAAAGGCACAGGCUGGUGUCUCGGACAUGACCUUGCUCUCCAAGGUCACCAACGAGGCCAUCAACGACAACCUCCAGAAACGCUUCCAGAAUGCAGAAAUUUACACCUACAUUGGCAACGUGCUCAUCUCGGUCAAUCCCUUUCGCGAUCUCGGCAUCUACACUGAAGACAUCCUCCAGUCCUAUCGUGGCAAGAAUCGUCUGGAAAUGACGCCACACGUGUUUGCCAUUGCAGAAGGCGCCUACUACAACAUGAACGCUUACAAGGAAAACCAGUGUGUCAUCAUCUCGGGCGAGUCUGGCGCAGGCAAGACUGAAGCUGCCAAGCGCAUCAUGCAGUAUAUUGCUGCCGUCAGCGGUGGCUCCAAUUCUGGCAUUCAGGACGUCAAGGACAUGGUGCUCGCUACCAACCCGCUUCUCGAAAGUUUCGGCUGUGCAAAGACGCUCCGAAACAACAACUCGUCCCGUCACGGCAAGUAUCUUGAGAUCAUGUUCAACGCACACGGAGAGCCGAUCGGCGCCAACAUCACCAAUUACCUCCUAGAAAAGAACCGCGUCGUCCAGCAGAUCCACGACGAGCGCAACUUUCACAUCUUUUACCAGUUCACCAAAGCCGCCACCGCCACGCAUCGCGAAAAUUAUGGCAUUCAAGGGCCCGAAGCCUAUGCCUACACCGCCAACAGCCAGUGUCUAGACGUCAACGGUAUCGACGACCACGCCGACUUUCGCGAAACCAUCAGCGCCAUGAACACCAUCGGCCUCACCGCCGACGAGCAGGACAACAUCUUCCGCAUGAUCGCCGCCAUUCUCUGGAUCGGCAAUGUCCAGUACGUCGAGAACCAAGAAGGAAACGCCGAGAUCUCGGAUCCAGGCGUACCCGACUUUGUCGCCUACCUUCUCGAAGUUGAUGCAGGCAACGUCACCAAAGCCUUGACCCAACGCAUUAUGGAGACCCAGCGUGGCGGUCGAAGAGGUUCGGUCUACGAGGUGCCACUCAACCCUACCCAAGCUGCCGCUGCGCGAGAUGCUCUCGCCAAGGCCAUCUACAACAACAUGUUUGACUGGAUCGUAGAGCGCAUCAAUCAGUCCAUGAACCCCCGCACGCAGAGCUCCAACGUCAUCGGCGUUCUCGACAUCUACGGCUUCGAGAUCUUUGACAACAACUCGUUCGAACAACUCUGCAUCAACUAUGUCAACGAAAAGCUUCAGCAGAUCUUCAUCGAACUCACCCUCAAAAAGGAGCAGGAGGAAUAUGCCUACGAGCAGAUCCAGUGGACGCCGAUCAAGUACUUUAACAACAAGAUCGUCUGCGACCUCAUCGAGGAGAAACGCCCUCCCGGCAUCUUUUCGGCGCUCAACGACGCCUGCGCCACCGCCCACGCCGACCCCACCGCUGCCGACAACUCUUUCAUCCAGCGCACCGGCAUGCUCUCCUCGAACCCACAUUUCGACUCUCGUGGCACCAAGUUCCUCAUCAAGCAUUACGCCGGCGAUGUCAUGUACAACGUUCAAGGCAUGACCGACAAGAACAAGGACUCGCUCCUCAAGGACAUUCUCGACCUUGUCGACUCGAGCACCAACUCCUACCUGCAAAAGCUCUUCCCCGACCGUCCCGAUCCCAACAGCAAAAAGCGUCCUCCCACCGCUGGUGACCGUAUAAAGGCGAGCGCAAACGCGUUGGUCGAGAAUCUCAUGCGAGCGCAGCCUUCUUAUAUCCGCACCAUCAAGCCCAACCAGAACAAGAGUCCCACCGAGUACGACAGCCAGGCCAUCCUGCACCAGAUCAAGUACCUCGGUCUGCAGGAGAACAUCCGCGUCCGACGAGCCGGUUUCGCGUACAGAAACACGUUUGAAAAGAUGGUCGAGCGCUUCUACCUCUUGUCGCCCAACACGUCGUACGCAGGCGAGUACACCUGGCAAGGUGACGCUCGGAGUGGCUGCGAGCGCAUCCUCACCGAUACCGGCAUCGCGCGCGAAGAGUGGCAGAUGGGUGUCACCAAGGCGUUUAUCAAGAAUCCCGAGACGCUCUUUGCACUCGAGACCAUGCGCGAUCGAUACUGGCACAACAUGGCUAUGCGCAUUCAGCGCGCCUACCGCAACUACCUGCGCUACAAGGAGGAGUGCGCUCGGCGGAUUCAGCGCAUGUGGAAGAACAACAAGGAAGGCUUGCAGUACAUCCAACUCCGAGACUAUGGUCAUCAGGUGCUUGCCGGCCGCAAGGAGCGCAGGCGCUUCAGUCUGCUGGGCUUGCGUCGUUUCAUGGGUGACUAUCUCGACGUUGGUGGGGCUAACGGCAAGGGUGGAGGAAGCGCCGAGGGACAGAUGCUUCGUCAGGCAACGGGUAUGGCGGCUGGAGAGGCAGUCGCUUUCAGCAGCCGUGCUCAACUACUUGUGUCGCGUCUUGGUCGUUCCAGUGUUCGAAGUCCACGCUUCCUGAUCCUCACCGACAAGGCUGUUUACAUCUUGGUCACCCAGCUCGUCAACAAGCAGGUCUCCACCACGUGCGAAAGGCGCAUCAAUCUGGGCGCCAUUUCCGCAGUGGGGCUGUCCAAUUUGCGCGAUGACUGGCUGGUGCUCAACGUCAACAACGCCGAAGAGGCCGACCCAAUCUUGCACUGCUACUUUAAGACGGAACUCGUCACGCAUCUGCUACAGAGGACCAACGGCGCCAUCAAUGUGAUUGUCUCGAACAGUCUCGAGUACUCGAAGAAGAAGGGCAAAAAGGCGCAGAUCACAUUCAGGAAGGACGAGACGGUGCAAAAGGAUGACGUGUACAAGAGCAGUGCCGUCUCGGUGUGCUCUGGUGAGCCUGCCAACAGCGUGUCGAGGCCAGCGCCCAAGAAGAAGCCUGGUCUGGUUCGACCGAUCACCCAAGGAAAGCUGUUGCGCGCUGGAGGUCCGUCGAACGCUAACAACAAGCCCAAGCCGCGUGCCAUUCCUCGCUCCACGCCUACUCCGGCCAAAUUGCCUGGGAGUGGGGCUGCCGGUACAGCUCGUCCGGCUGCGGCGGUUGGUUCUGCGAGUGCUGGUGCCGGUGUCGGUGCGACUCGUUCGGCUCCACGACCACCACCUCCUCCUCCGGCAGCUGUUGCACCUUCUGAGCCUCAAGUUGCACGCUACAAGGCGCUGUACGUGUUUGCUACCGAGAAUGCGGGCGAGAUGGCGCUUGACAAGGACGACGUGGUCGAAGUGACGCAGAAGGAUGAGACGGGUUCAGGCUGGUGGUUGGUCAAGAAGAACGGGGUUGAAGGCUGGGCACCGUCCAACUACCUCGAGUUGAUCGUCCAAGCUGCGCCCAAGCCGAAGGCGGCGCCAGCGCCUCCUGUCAAGCGAGCAGCACCAGUGGCUCCCUCGGCGACCACGGCGAGCCAGCGACCUGCUGUAGCUGCCAAGCCUGCAUUUGGUGGAGCGGCUGCUGGCGUUGUUCAGCCCAAGCCAGUGGUCAAGACUACGCCGGCUGGCGGCAAGCCGCACGAACGAGCUGCGGCAGUGCAAGCGGAUGCGGCGGCGGCACCGGUAUCGGUGAUGCCUGGGCUGGGUGCACCUGGUGGAUUUGCGGCUGUGCUGGCCAAGAAGAAGGCCGAGAACGCGGCUGCAGCUGCGGCUGCGGGGGCGGGUGCAAAUGGUAAGGGAGCAGGUGCACCGCCAGCGGUAGCUGCGAAGCCGGUAGUGGCACCGAAACCUGCGGGUAGUAACGGAAGGGCUAUGCCGCCUCCUCCGCCACGUCGAUAG